GUUUCAUCAUUCCGGUUCGGUCGCCCUCACCACAAUUUGAAUCCUCGUCAAAUUCAUUUCAGUUUGUCAGUGAAUUAUCGGUCAUUAUCGGUAAAACCACUCAGCUUAUCAAUAAAGUACACGACAGCUUAUCAAUGAAGCACACGACACAUCAACUUAAGGUACGGUUGCUCAGUUGUAAUUGAAACUUUGACCUGGAUAGUUCAGUUACAACAGCAAACAAGGUGAUAAUAUUGUGCGCUGCUAAAAAAUCUUCUUAGUCACCAACAGUUGCAUCGUUUCAAUAAGUGCUUACGCUCACAAUUUUUACAUGAUGCUGGAAUGUAUUCAAACAGUUUUUGUAGCAAUUAUAGCACUGGUAAAGUUUAUUAUAUCUAACAAACUGUUGAAACGAUACCCUCCACAAGUGAGACCAAUUGUCGAAAUUCGGCAAGGAAAACUAUGUGGAAUUACUUCAAAACUUCCCAAUGGAUCCAGUUAUCACUAUUUCAAAGGUAUUCCGUAUGCAAAGCCACCAGUCGGUGAACUACGUUUUCAGCCACCAGUUCCAAUUGAGAAGUUUUAUUCGACCACGGUGGAUUGCAUGCUCGAUAGAAGCAUGUGCAUUCAACCUACAUUGGGUGGAUUUGUUCUGGGCAAAGAAAGAGGUUUGUUUAUAAACAUCUAUACGCCACGGUUGCCGGGAUGUGAAGAAGAAAAUCUUAAGUUACCGGUUAUGGUUUGGAUCCACGGAGGUGGAUUCAUUGGUGGAUCCGGAGAUAGCUUCGUUUAUGAUCCUCUUCAUCUAGUGCAGGAUGGAGUAAUUGUUGUAACGAUGAAUUAUAGACUAGGACCGUUCGGAUUUCUCAGUUUACCCGACGCUGGUGUUGCAGGGAACGCGGGUCUCAAAGAUCAGUUGCUGGUGUUCAAAUGGGUCAAUGAAAAUAUCGUCCACUUCGGAGGAGAUUCCAAAAAUGUAACUGUUUUCGGAGAAAGUGCUGGAAGUAUGUCUGCUUAUUUGCACUAUUUGUCGCCAAAUUCAAGGAAAUAUUUUCAUAGAGUGAUUUGCCAAAGUGGAGUAGCCUGUUCCGAGUCGUUUUUCCAGAACAACGCAGCUGAUCGUGCAAGAAAGCUGGCAAAAUGCUUAGGUUAUCAAGGGAAUGACGACAAACAAGUACUUGAAACUCUACAACAAGCUCCGGCAAAACUGCUGUUGAAGCAUCGAAGUGACACAGUAACGGAAGAAGAGAAACGACUUCUUCUGCAGAUGCAUUUUCGACCGGUAAUCGAAAAGGAAUUUACCGAAGAUAGCAUUAUAUCUGAAUCUCCGGAAAAAAUUCUCAAAUCUUUUGAUACUAUUCAAAUGCCGAUAAUCAACGGCUGCACAAGUGGAGAAGGCCUAUUGGGAUUUAUUUUGAUGAAAGAUCGACUAAAAGAUUUUGAUCGAGAACCAGACCUACUCGUACCACAGGUAAUGGGAAAUCCUUCCGAGCUAGAUAAGACUGCUGUAGGUACGGAGAUUAAGAGGUUCUAUUUCGACGAUAAACGAAUUGAUAGAACUACUUUGAACGAACUAAGUGACCUAAUAGCAGAUAAUGUUUUUAUCACCCCUUCGAUGAUAAGCGCUGAAUGGAUUGCAAAACAUCAACCAAAUGUGAGACACUACCAUUACCGGUUCAACUAUGACGGGAAAUUUAGUUACACGAAGCGUUUGUUCAGACUUAGUCACCUAGCUGGUGCCUGUCAUGGAGAUGAUAUUUUUUAUCUAUUCAAUUCGAAAAUGCUGCCAAAUCUUCCGGAAAGUAGCGAUGAGUGCCGCGUUCGGAACUUGCUGAUACGACUAUGGACCAAUUUUGCCAAAUAUGACAAUCCGACACCAGACCAAAAUGAUCCAUUGUUGAUGUUCAAAUGGUCUCCCGUGAAAAGUAUUCCAAAAAAAUCAGCAAAAUUUGAUCUCGACUGUCUGGAAAUCAGCAUUUUACCAAAAAUGAUACAAAAUCCCAACGAGCAACGUGUUCAAUUGUGGAGACAGUAUCUGCAAACUUAUCGUGAAGGUUUUUUGCGAAGGUCGAUGCUUGCAUUCAUCAGAGCUAUUUUUCGGUUAGUUUUAGCGAUCGGAAAGUAUUUUGUUCAAAACCAGUUAGAUAAAUGGUGGCCUACAACAUUCCGACCGAUUGUACAGAUCAACCAGGGGAAAGUCCGUGGCGUAGUGAGGAUUCUUUCGAAUGGGUUCCAGUACAAUUGUUUCAGGGGAAUACCAUACGCAAAGCCACCGAUCGGAGAGCAACGAUUCAAGCCUCCAAUUCCCCUGGAAAAAUUUAAUGAACCUUUAAUCGAUUGCACCACAGAUGGAGAUGUGUUUAUUCAACGGAACGCGUUCGUACCCUUAUACGUUGUUGGGUCAGAAAAAGCUCUUCAUUUGAAUGUUUACACUCCAAUGCUACCUGACAAGCAGGGCAGCAGUAUACUUUUACCAGUUAUGGUUUAUAUUCACGGUGGUGGAUACAUUAAUGGCUCAGCAGGCAGCUUCCUAUUCAAUCCAGUGCAUUUUGUCAAAGAAGGAGUAAUCACUGUAAUUAUGAACUAUCGGCUUGGCCCACUGGGAUUUUUAAGUUUACCUAGUAUGGGUAUCGCCGGAAAUGCUGGUCUUAAAGAUCAACUGCUGGCUCUAAGGUGGGUUCACGAAAACAUCAAAUUCUUCGGAGGUGAUCCGAAUAACGUUACACUUUUUGGAGAAAGUGCUGGCAGUUGGUCAACGUUCCUGCACUAUCUUUCGAAAAAUUCGAGAAAAUAUUUCCACAGAGCGAUUUGCCAAAGCGGCGUUGUGUGCACGACAUCAUUUUUUCAAGUUGAUCCUGCGGACAAAGCUCGUAAGCUAGCUAAGACACUCGGUUAUUGCGGAAAUUCCGACGUUGGCGUUUAUGAAACACUUAUGAAAGCUCCAGCUCGUUUGCUUGUUAAACACCAACACAAAGUUGCUAACAGAGAUGAAAGAAAACUCGCUAUGAACUACCUUUUUCGACCGGUCAUUGAAUUAUUUGAAACGGAAGAUAGCAUUAUCACCAGUGCCCCAGAGGAGAUUCUGAAAGAUCUGGAUACUAUCGAAACUCCUCUCAUAACAGGAUGUAACAGCAGCGAAGGAAUAUUGGCACUUUACUUUAUAUUGAAAAAAAACCUCAAACAUGUCUUCAACCAAGAACCACAAAGUUUGAUACCCUGUUUCAUUAAAGAAAAUCCAAUAUUGAACUGUGAAGAAGUAGGACUCGAGAUAAAAAAUUUUUACUUCGGAUCUGAUCGGUUCUCUGGUCGGACUAUGAAACAGAUGUGCGAUCUCAUGUCGGAUAUUACGUUUAUAACUACAACGAUGAUCAGCACCGAGUGGUUGGCCAAGUAUCAGCCAAAAGUUCAACAUUAUCAUUACCGGUUCUCGUAUCAUGGUCAGUUUAGUUUAUAUAAAUCAUUUUUCAAUCUGGACAGCUUGGAUGGAGCAAGCCAUGGAGAUGAUAUAUUUUAUAUGUUCGAUUCACCACUUCUUCCAAAACUUUCAACUGAAAGCAGCGAGUUGAAAGUACGUAAUAAUUUCGUCAAGUUGUGGACCAACUUUGCUAAAUAUGGUAAUCCUACACCGGUAGUAAGUAGAAACGAUGUGACUACAUUCUCAUUUCAAUGGCCACCAGUUCAGCGAUUAUCAGUUCAGUCAGGAAAGUUUCAACUGGAUUGCCUCAGCAUUGGAGCAGAAGCUUGCGUUAUUCGAAAUCCUCACGAAACAAGGAUUGAAUUUUGGAGAAAUAUGCUUGAUCGAUAUAAAACAGGGUUUUUAUAAUAAACAUAAGUUUAGCCUAAAAA